AUGACCAGAAAGAUCUUCACCAACAGCAGGGAGAGGUGGAGGCAGCAGAAUGUCAACAGCGCAUUUGCCAAGCUGAGGAAGCUCAUUCCCACCCACCCUCCGGACAAAAAGCUCAGCAAGAACGAGACCCUCCGCUUAGCCAUGAGGUACAUCAACUUCCUUGUCAAGGUGCUCGGGGAACAAGGCCUGCAGCAGCCAGGGAUGAAUCCACGGGGAAGGAUACUGGGACUGUUCCAGCCAAGUCCAAGUUUGGAAAGCAUGGAAGACUUGACUCUCAUUGAAGACUCUGAGGUCCCUUCUCCCAACACAAGCAGCAAUGCUCCAGAGUGCUGGUCAGAGGCAUCGUCCCCGUGACGUGCUGUUUGUCGGGCCUGUAGCCCUCCUGGUAGUAAUUUGAUAGUUUCCCUUCUUUAUACAAGUUGUGGGUUGUCUGCCUAUGUACAGUAUUUAUAUAUAUAUCUUUUGCUCUUUGAACGAAUGUAUUUUGUGUAAUGGUUUCUUGGGAGAUGCUAAUUUUCAGUACUUAAAAAGAGGGAUAUCAAAUCUCUGGAAGCUGAUCAGGAUUCCAACAACUCUACUUGCCACAAAGUGCUUUGAUCUCAAGGCCAAGGAUCUUUGAUACGGCCCACAGAAUACUACCCAUGACGCAUUGGCGAGAGGUAUUGGAGCCAAUAGCUGUGACUGAGCAGCAACAUAACUUCUAGAACCAGUUCAUACAAUUAUUGGGCUGUGGAGUCCUUUUCCAUGGUGAAGUCCUCUCUACCUUGUGUCCUGCAAUGUGUGGCACGAGGGCUGUAUGUGAUCUCCUCUUACCUUUCCUAAAAGGAAAGAAACGCUUCAGUUGGGCCACCACAGAAACAGCUGUAUGAGGAAAAUCUUCAUGUCACACAUUUUUGGAGGCUUGUGGAAGGAAGGGUUGCAAGCCCACUUCUCCACUUCUGAGUAAUGUAUACUGAGGACUCAAAUUAUCUUCAGGUUAAUUUGUUUUAAAAGUCAAGGCCAUCCUAACUCUGAAACAACAAAAGGUAGUUGCUUUCAACAGCAGACUCCAGAAAGAGCACCACACCCCUGCCUUCAGUCUUGGUCUGAAAACUGAGCCCUGGAGCAGAGGUUGUCAUAUUUUCAGGAAUCCUUUUGCCUCAGGUGAAAACAGUACCUAAGCCUGGCCCUGCUAACUCAUUUCCGUUGCCUUCAUCAGCCAUGCAAGUUAUGGAACCAUCGUCAUUUCUCUUAUGUCUCCAUCUCAUUUCCAGCUUUUCUUUUUUUUAAAUUUUGCUUUGCAGCUUAUGUCAGAACUAGAAAAUCAAACCAAAAAAUAUUUGGUACAUCUUCAGAGUGAAAACACAUGAGCCAAGAGAGGAUGAAUCAUAGCCAGUAACACCUGCUGCAGUUUUAUUCAAAAUUGCCAAAAGAAAUAAGCUAGGGUUGCUUAUUUCGUUUUUCAAACAUUUGAAUUUUAAAAGACAUACAUUCAAAUUUGAUUAUUUUUUUCAGGAACCACAACUGUUUACUCUGGUUUUGUAGAUUUUGGGGGUGGGGAGAUUUUAAAAUUUGGCUAUAUUCAGUAGGAAGGUGGCGUGGACUUUUAAACACGCACAAUUUAAAUUUAACAAGUGCAACUAAUCAAAUUACUCAAGAAGUGUUUCCUAAUGAGAAGCACAGUUUAAUUGAAAGACACCCGUUCCCCUGUUUUUUUAUAAGGCAGCACUGGUUGCUUUUUGUAAUCCAUAUUUACAAUGAAACAGAAAUAAGACUACAUUGUAUUUCUCCUACUUCUCAGACAUUCAUCAAAGGCACUAUUCCCCAAACUUUUGUUGAUUUACAGAACAAUACUAAGCAUGUCUACUCAGAAGUAAGUAGGGUUCCCAGACUCAGAGGACAGGACUUCUGUGCCUUUAAUUGCC